GAGAACCAGUGUGGACAUAUCAAAAUUUUCCCUGUCAAUAUCAAAACUCUACCAAUAAAUAAACCUGAGGCGAUCUAUGUUCCCGUGUUGCUACUCUUUCACUAAAAUCUCAAAAACACAUCGAUUUCAUCGUAUUCCAGAUCUGAUCUCAUAAACAAAUGGCUAAAGAUCCAAUCCGUGUUCUUGUCACCGGCGCCGCAGGACAAAUCGGAUAUGCUCUGGUUCCUAUGAUUGCUAGGGGUGUGAUGUUGGGUGUUGACCAACCUGUCAUCCUACACAUGCUAGAUAUUCCACCUGCUGCAGAGGCACUUAAUGGAGUGAAAAUGGAAUUGAUUGAUGCUGCUUUCCCCCUUCUCAAAGGUGUCGUUGCAACAACUGAUGUUGUUGAAGCAUGCACCGGAGUCAACAUUGCAGUGAUGGUUGGUGGUUUCCCUAGGAAAGAAGGCAUGGAGAGAAAAGAUGUGAUGUCGAAGAAUGUCUCCAUCUACAAGUCCCAGGCUUCAGCUCUUGAGAAGCAUGCUGCUGCCAACUGCAAGGUUUUGGUCGUUGCUAACCCUGCCAACACCAAUGCAUUGAUACUGAAGGAAUUUGCACCAUCUAUUCCUGAGAAGAAUAUUACUUGUCUGACGAGAUUGGAUCACAACAGGGCUCUUGGACAAAUUUCAGAAAGAUUGAAUGUUCAAGUCUCCGAUGUUAAAAAUGUCAUUAUUUGGGGAAAUCACUCUUCAACGCAGUAUCCUGAUGUCAACCAUGCUACUGUCAAUACUCCAGCUGGAAAGAAACCCGUUCGUGAGCUUGUUGCCGAUGAUGAAUGGUUGAAUAGUGAGUUCAUUACUACUGUCCAGCAACGUGGUGCUGCAAUCAUCAAAGCAAGAAAACUUUCUAGUGCACUUUCUGCUGCUAGUUCUGCUUGUGACCAUAUUCGCGAUUGGUUCCUCGGAACUCCAGAGGGUACUUGGGUUUCCAUGGGUGUUUACUCUGAUGGCUCAUACAAUGUCCCGGCCGGGCUAAUUUAUUCCUUCCCAGUUACUUGCAAGAAUGGAGAAUGGUCUAUUGUUCAAGGACUUUCAAUUGACGAGUUUUCGAGGAAUAAGUUGGACUCAACCGCUAAAGAACUCAGUGAGGAGAAAGAUCUGGCAUACUCGUGUCUCUCUUAAGUUUUGUCUCAAGGUGGGAAAAUCAGAAUCUUAAAGUAGCUAUUGUUUUGAAUAAUUCCAUUGCCAAUCUUGUUAAUUGAUAAACGAUGGGUGUGCUACUUUUAUAGAUCCCACUUCCUAUAUACUUGCAUUUUGUUUGAGAAUAUUUAAAAUUUCACACUUUCUGGUCACGGCUGAUUUCAAAUUUCUAGUCGAGAAAUGUUCUCUCUCGUCUCUAUCAAAGUUCUUGAUUUCGAGUCCUUGUUUCUGUUUCCAACUCAUUUAUUUCCAGGAAAUGAUUUUCCUCGUUGGAUUGCAGAGUUCUUUGCAUGGAUUUGGCUGUGUUCU